ACAGCUGAGCCACCUGCUCCUCCCUCCACCUCCUCCCUUUCUUUUUUUUUUUCCUUUCCUGUACGAUGGAGGGGCUGCAGUGAGCUGGCUCUGGGUGCAGAAGCAGAAGAGGCGACGCGAUGGUUACACCGGCCCAGCCCUUGUGCGAGAGCUGCGGCCGGUCCCUGCGGCCCCUGUCAGCAUGACUGAGCCCUCGCCGCGCUCUCACUGCUCCGUGCUCAGCUGCUUUGGUGAAGAGCCUCCCAGCCUGGAAUACAUACAAGCCAAGGAUCUGUUCCCGCCCAGGGAACUGGUGAAGGAGGAGGAUAAGUUGCAGGUACCAUUCCAAGUGCUGCCAGGAGAGAGUGUGGAGUAUUUAGGGAGUGCAAAUGAUGCUGUCAUAGCGAUUUCCAACUACAGACUGCACAUCAAGUUCAAAGAUUCGGUCAUUAACGUGCCUUUAAGAAUGAUUGAAGCUGUGGAGAGCCGUGACAUGUUCCAGCUACAAAUUAUUUGCAAAGACUCCAAAGUAGUGAGAUGCCACUUUUCCACAUUUAAGCAGUGCCAAGAGUGGUUGAAGCGGCUGAGCAGAGCUACUGUGCGUCCCACCAAGCAAGAAGAUCUGUUUGCAUUCGCCUAUCAUGCAUGGUGCCAGGGGAUCUGCACUGAUGAGGAGGAGCAUCAUAUCCACCUCUGUCGUCCAGGUGAUCAUGUGAAGGAUCGCUUCCAGAUGGAUUUGCUGCGGAUGGGCUUUGAUAUGCAGAAUGCCUGGAGAGUGUCUGAAAUCAACAACAACUACAAACUUUGUCCAAGUUAUCCUCAAAAACUGCUUGUUCCGGUGUGGAUUACUGAUAAAGAGCUUGAGAAUGUGGCUUCAUUCAGAUCCGGGAAGCGGAUUCCUGUGGUUGUGUACAGACAUACAAGAACGGGCGCCGUAAUAGCUCGUUGCAGCCAACCAGAGAUCAGCUGGUGGGGAUGGCGCAAUGCUGAUGAUGAACAUCUGGUAACUUCCAUUGCAAAAGCCUGCGCUCUUAACCCUGGAGGACGCACAGCUACUGCCAGCUUAACCAACAAAGGCUCCAGUGAGGGGACAGAGAACGCAGACACGGAUUUCGAUUCUUCGCUGACUGCCUGCCCUGGCAUGGAAGGUAGCACACCACCCCAGAAACUCCUCAUUCUGGAUGCACGUUCCUACACUGCUGCUGUUGCAAACAGAGCUAAAGGUGGAGGCUGCGAAUGUGAAGAGUACUAUCCAAAUUGUGAAGUAGUAUUUAUGGGAAUGGCCAAUAUUCACUCUAUCCGGAAUAGCUUCCAGUACCUGCGAGCUGUGUGUAACCAAGUGCCCGAUCCUGGAAACUGGCUGUCAGCACUGGAAAGCACCAAGUGGCUUCAGCACCUCUCUGUCAUGUUGAAAGCCGCCACCGUUGUGGCCAAUGCCUUGGAUCGAGAAGAACGUCCCGUGCUGGUUCACUGUUCAGAUGGCUGGGACCGAACACCGCAGAUUGUAUCCCUGGCGAAAAUCUUGCUGGAUCCCUAUUACCGGACCUUGGAAGGAUUCCAAGUGUUGGUGGAGACAGACUGGUUAGACUAUGGCCAUAAGUUUGGGGAUCGCUGUGGUCAUCAGGAGAAUGCCGAGGAUCAAAGUGAACAGUGUCCAGUCUUCUUGCAGUGGCUGGACUGCGUGCAUCAAUUACUUCUCCAGUUUCCUUGUCUCUUUGAAUUCAACCAUGCCUUCCUGGUGAAGUUGGUGCAACACACAUACUCCUGCCUCUAUGGAACAUUCCUUGCCAAUAACCCAUGUGAGCGAGAACAGCGCAACCUCUACAAGCGAACCUGCUCAGUGUGGUCCUUACUGAGAACGGGCAACAAGAACUUUCACAACCUGCUCUACAUGCCUGGUGGAGAGCUGGUUCUACACCCAGUUUGUCAUGUUCGGGCUCUUCAGCUCUGGACAGCAGUGUAUCUACCCACAUCAUCACCCUGUGCACCUAUUGAUGACGGCAUGGAGCUCUACCUUUCCCCAGCAUCUCAAGGCCCUGACUUUAAUUCCAGAUCCCUGGACAGGUUACCUAAAACUCGUUCAAUGGAGAAUCUUGCAACUGCGUGUGACAGCGGAGGAAUACUCACCCGUACUUCAAGUGACCCAAACUUAAAUAAACAUCAGUCUAGCUUGGACUCGCAUUGCAAUAAUGCUGAUGAUAGUGAGGCAGGAAGUCAGAAUGCUCUGCAGCAGAAGGAUGGCGAUAGAAAGGAAGAAGAGGAAGAUCAUGAUCCCCACAAAGUCCGCCAUGAAGAAGAGUGGAAGCGAGAACCCAAAGAAAGUAAUGAGAAUAUUCAGCUGAAUGGACAUGAAACUUCAUCAGAUACAGAAACCAAGUCUAAUAACUCUGAAUGUGACGGUGAUGAUCCUGCACUAGAAAAUAAAACUGAAAUACUGGAACAAAAAACCGAUAGGGAUCAACACACAAGCCCCGACUUAAAGCCUCUCCCCUGUCAAAGCUCAGAGGGUGAUGUGUCUGCCAAAAUCUCUUCAUGUAAAGAGAAUAGCAAACCUGGGAAACUAGCAAAGGACCUAUGUAGGACUGACAAAAAAGCUAUCUGUCAAAUUCCACGAAGUGACAUUUCUUUGUUGGCAUCAAAUUGGGACAGCUUACAAGGAAUGAUGAAGUCAGUACCAGUUGGAGAUACUGUACUUCAUCAUCCUUUGUCAUAUGACUAUUCCACAAGGAGUCUCCAUAGCAAACAUGGAAGACAUGCAGCCGGCUCAUACAGUUCCAGAGAUGCUGCAAAGGUUUCCUACCAUUUCCGUCCCUCAUUGCACUGUUCUGGCCCCACAGUUAGAAGCUGUAGAGGGUCUGUGAUGUGUCAUCCUAGGCCAUUUCAGACUGGACGUUUCUUUCCUUUGGCUUGUCCUUCACCCGCACCUCUCAUGUACCAAGAUGAUGAUGGUUUGCCUAUUCCAAAUGAUGUAGUACAACAGAGGUUGCGGCAAAUGGAAGCCAGCUACAAACAAGAGGUUGACCUGCUCCGAAGGCAGGUGUGGGAAUUGCAGUUGCAGCUGGAAAUUCGGCAGUAUUGUGCUCCGCCGCCUGAACCAGAGACUGACUACGAAGAUGACUUUACCUGUGUAAAAGAGUCAGAUGGCAGCGAUAUGGAUGACCUGUACUCUGAUAAAAGCGAGGACCGACUUUCAGAGGCCAGCUGGGAGCCAGUGGAUAAGAAAGAAACCGAGGUUACAAGAUGGGUACCUGAUCACAUGGCUUCACAUUGUUUCAACUGUGACUGUGAAUUUUGGUUGGCUAAACGAAGACAUCACUGCAGGAACUGUGGAAAUGUUUUCUGCGCCGACUGCUGUCACUUAAAGCUCCCAAUUCCCGACCAACAGCUCUACGACCCAGUCUUGGUUUGCAAUACCUGCUAUGACCACAUCCAAGUCACACGUGCUAGGGAGCUAAUGUCCCAGCAGCUGAAGAAGCCCUUAGCUGCAGCAUCAAGCUGAGUGCCAACCAAGAAAACCGAUCUGGCUUCAAGCUCCUCCUUUAGUUCUUUGCAGCCAAGAUGAAGUUUUGAGGGGAUGGCGUGACUACUAAUAUAUGGUUGCAUGCCGGUGAACACAUACUUCGGUAGAAAGCCACACACCGGCUUACCUUAGCAUUAUAUUUCUGCACCUUGGCAGGUUUGUUCCCAACACAAAAGUGUGUAGGGUCUGUGAAGGACAGCUCGGGUUUUAGAUUUUGGUUUCAGAUUUCUCUUGCCGUAGCUAAGAUUAAGCUCCUUUUUUGUUGAAGGUUGUAAAAGGAAAGUGGUCAGACAAUCGGGUGGCCUGACAAGAGCCGAGAGAAGAAAGGUGACAAGAAUUCAAGCUGCAUUGUCCUUGUUAAAGGGUUUUUUCUUUUUUUGUUGUGUUGAAGUGAGAUCCGGUUCUGGUGGUCUUAGCUAUGUGUUUAUUUUGUCCCAAAUCUCUCUCCUGAUCGGGCCGUGUCUCCUGCUGCUUUUGAUCUUGUAUCUCAUGAAUCAAUCAAAAAAUCUGGUUAAAAUGUGUUUGCAUUUGAAAUGCGGGAUUUACGUGUAAAUAAAAGGGUAACAGGUAGCUACGAAACUGUGAAUAUUAACCCUUAUAUUGCUUAAAAGAGCUUGCUUCUAUAUGUAGUGGGUCCUUUUUAUUGCUAAGGGUUUGUGUAUAAGUCUUCUCUCCAAGCUUUGAGGCUUUAAAUACACCCCCUUCCCCCCCUUAUUCACCAUUUCUGUGUUUUAUAAAUGUCUAUCUCUUUAUGUUUUGUCUCACACGUGUCUCCUAUUUGGCUAUACUUGGGUUGGAUCCUUAAAACUUGAUUUCUGAUUGGUUAACAAAAGUGUCCCGUAUGAACUUUUAGGUCUUGGCUGUUCCUGUGUUUCUGUCGAGGGGCUUCAUAAUAAAUGCUGCUAUUUUGAAUUUUUGUGCACUUAACCAAUGUAACCCAGAGAAGGGACGAAAUGUUGAUACCAAAAGGUUUUGUGACGCUAGGUCAAUCGACUUUGUUUUACUAUUGAUCUGUAAAGUGCCACUUUGCUACACAAACAAUUAGCCAUGAUGUGUCAUUUUAUUGCUUGAGCAUUUUUGUAAAUACAUAACUCUCUCUCACCGGCUUUCCGGUACCACACUGCAUUCAGAAGAUUGUCUCUGAGAAAGGUGUGAAACUGCUCUGUGCUUGGAAAAAGCCAGGCAACGAUGUAAUGGUUGGUUGCUGUCUGUGGAAUCAUUGUAAAGGAAGUAGUCUAGAUGAACACUAUAUGCCGUCUUCUUAAAGUGACUCUGGGAUGAGAGGUUAUCCCAGAACCAGCUCGGUUAAAAUAUGUCUAUGCAGCACCUAUUUUACCCAUCUGCUUUACAAUCUUGGUACAUUAUGGUUCAGUGUAGUAGAAUGUUUGUUAGAAAAUAUCUUCUCACCUGAAUUGCAUGGCUGCUUCCUGGGAGGAGAGAGGUGAAUGCUGGUAGUGUCCUUCAUUGAAAGAGGUAUGCUGGUUCUAUUCUGGCUUCAUCCAUGUAGAUCUAUAGGUGACAUCACUGCCUGUGUUUAGGAUAGUUGGUGAGGGUUCCCA